CUCCAGGAGGAAAAGGACACAGCUCCCGGUCAUGGGCAAAGCUGUGGAAGAUCAGGAAAAGGCUACAGGGAUAUGUAUACUGAACAUAUACAGAACAACUACAGAUACAUAAAAGACAGGAACUCUCUUCUUGGUGAGAAGGUUAAUCUAACCAACAGAUACACAAAACUGGUCAUUGUGAAGGACCCACAUGCCAAAAAGAAAGAUCUACAUGAAAUAAUGACUUUGAGAGAGAAAUACAUAAAAACCACAAGUGAGCAAAGGAGAGCCCUUACCAUCAGUGAUUUAUUUGCAUGUGAUGAAAAUGGAGAAACUCCACGAAUUGUGGUGCUGUUGGGAGCUGCAGGGACUGGAAAAACAAUGACCGCAAGAAAGAUCAUGUUUGACUGGGCAUCUGGAGAGCUUUAUCAGAAUAAGUUUGAUUAUGUUUUCUACAUACAUUGUAGGGGAUUUAAGUUAGGCAGUGAGCAGAGAAGUCUUGAGGAUUUGAUCUUAACAAACUGUCCUGAUGAACGUGCACCAGUGGAAGAGAUUUUAAGGUGUCCGGAGAAAAUCCUCUUUAUAAUUGAUGGCUUUGAUGAACUGAGAUUUUCCUUGGAUCAGCCAGAAGACAACCUGUGUUCUGAUCCCCAUGAGAAGAAAGCAGUGGAAAUCACAUUGAGCAGUUUAUUCAGGAAGAAAGUGCUUCAGAAAUCCUACUUACUCAUUACCACAAGACCAGCUGCCUUAGAGAAGCUGAAUGAGUUGUUGGAAAAUGAACGCUGUGUAAAAAUACUGGGUUUUUCAGAAACUGAGAUGAAAGAAUACUUUGACAAAUAUUUUGGGGAUAAAGAGCGAGCAAGAAAAGCCUUUAAUUUUGUAAGAGAAAAUGAAAUGAUCUUCACCAUGUGCUCUGUCCCCAUGGUGUGCUGGAUCAUCUGCACUGUCAUAGAGCAACAGAUGGAUGAAGGUGAAGAUCUUGCACAGAGUUCAGAAACAAUCACUGGAGUCUACCUGCUGUAUCUUCACAAUUUAUUGAAGGGUUGUGACCAAAAUUCAAAGCAACCUAUACGAGCCAACUUGAAGAGACUCUGCUCCUUGGCUGCAGAGGGAAUCUGCAAGCAGAAGAUCCUGUUUGAGGCUGAAGAGCUCAAGAAACACAGCUUAGAUACAUCUGACUCACGCUUUCUGAAUGAGAACCUCUUUCGAAAAGCCAGUGACCAGGAAUGUCUCUACAGCUUCAUUCACUUGUCUUUCCAAGAGUUUUUUGCAGCUUUGUUUUAUGCUCUAGAGAAUGAAGAAGAAAGAACAGGCAGAGACUCAGGAAAUGACAUAAAAGGUUUGAAAACCUUGUUAGCUGACUAUGGAAAAUCAAGAAACUAUUUAAUGUUAACCGUGAGAUUUCUGUUUGGUCUCUUGAAUGAAGGGAGAAUGAAGGCUAUUGAGAAAAAACUCAGCUGCAAAAUUUCAUUGAAUAUUAAACCCAAAUUACUAACAUGGAUUAAAACAAAACCCAGAACAUGUCCAUCCCCCUCAUUCGCAGAGUCUGGUAGACCACAAACUUUCCCUAGUCAGAAGCAGGUUGAAACAAUUCCGCAGCUUGAGGACUUUCACUGUUUGUAUGAAAUAAGAGAGAAAAGUUUUGUGCAAAAUGCACUGAGUCAUUUCGUUGACCUGCGUCUUGAUGAUUAUACAUUUACCAGACUGGAUCAAGUAGCACUUGCAUUCUGUCUAAAGAACUGCCAGAAACUGGAAUCACUUACUCUAAAUUCCUGUGCAUUUGUGUCUGAGGACCCGGAGGAAGGCACGGAUGAAGAUUCCCUAAGACCCCUGAAGCAGCUACAUCUCACCAGUCUCAACCUGGCGGAGCUGGACUUGACUGGUAACAAUGGUCUGGGGGCUGGCGGCAUGCAGCUGCUGUGCGAGGGACUGAGACAUCCCAGCUGCAAGUUGCAGACACUGCGGUUGUGGGGUUGUGAUCUCACAGAUGCCUGCUGCGGUGAUCUUGCCACUGCCCUCAGCACCAGCCCCAACCUGACAGAGCUGGACCUGAGUUUUGUCACUGGUCUGGGGGCUGGCAGCAUGCAGCUCCUGUUGUGCGGCCUGAGACAUCCCUGCUGCAAGUUGCAGACACUGCGGUUGCGGUGUUGCAGUCUCACGGAUGCCUGCUGUAGGCUUCUUGCUGCUGCUCUCAGCACCAGCCCCAGCCUGAUGCAGUUGGACCUGAGUGGUAAUAAAGAUCUAGGGGAUGGCGGCGUGCAGCUGCUGUGCGAGGGGCUGACCAAUCCCAGCUGCAAGUUACAGACACUGCGGUUGCACAGUUGCUGUCUCACAGAUGGCUGCUGUGGGGAUCUCACCGCUGCUCUCAAGACCAACCCCAGCCUGACAGAGCUGAACCUGGGUGGCAACACUGGUCUGGGGGAUGGCGGCGUGCGGCUGCUGUGCGAGUGGCUGAGACAUCCCAGCUGCAAGUUUCAGAUACUGGGGUUGUGGGGUUGUGAUCUCACAGAUGCCUCCUGUGGGGAUCUUGCCUCUGCUCUCAGCACCAGCCUGACACUUCUGGACCUGGGUUAUAACACUGGUCUGGGAGCGGGUGGUGUGCGGCUGCUGUGCGAGGGACUGAGACAUCCCAGCUGCAAGUUACAGACACUGGGGUUGAGCCUGCACAAACUAGAUGCAGAAAUCAAGCAAGAGCUGGAGGCUGUAAAAGGAAUAAAGCCUGGUCUGGUCAUAGAGGAGCUGAAAUGGCUUGUUUUUAAUUGGUGAGAAAUCUCCUUGCACUGGCUGCCCUGCCACUACCUGGAGGAGAAGGGAGAGGAGCAGGAAGCACCUGCCACUUUCCAUCUGCUCAGCCAUCACCGCCAGGGACUCCAGCAGCAGCAGCGCACAAGUCGGGUGAAGAUGGUCAGAGCCAAUCUCCUAUAUGUGAGGAGAGACUGAUGAGUAGGAGCUGGGUUUGCUCCAUGUUUGAUCUGACGUUGUGGGGGGACUUGGCUUCAGAGGUGGGAGUGGAGUUUAAAGCAGCAAGGCUGAGGGGCUCAGGCCCUGGGGAUGGGGAGCUGUGGGCUCCUGAGGGGCCUGGGUACCAGUUCCUUUCUGCUUCUCUGGGUGGAGAAGAGGCCCCCAAAACUGCUCUUUGGAGCCCGUGGGGAGUUUCCAGUCUGCAGUGUACUGUCCCUGGUACUUGCAUAUCCCCAGGGUGUUUGCAGUGUCACGUGCUUCCACAUCCACAGAGCUGGUGGUUUCUGUCUCCAUCCCCAGCAUUUCACUUUACCUGGUGUAUGCUUGUGUUGGUUUUGUUAGAAUCCAAUAAAGAUCCUGG